UUUUAUCUAGUAGGCACAGAAAGGACGAGACUUCAUUGACAAAUGUCUAUAAUCGGCUCCAUAUACGAGGAUGUGACGACCGACGUUCUGGGCCAAAUCGGGGCAUGGCAGUGGAUGGUGACCAUCGUGUCCACUGCCCUCAUGGCUUCUAACAUGUUCAACCAGUAUGAAGACAUGUUUUUUCUGAAGCAGUCGACCAACAUAAUCUGUACGCCGCCUCACGGCUCUUAUGCGACUAACGACUCCAGCCAGUGUCAUGUAAUUUCUAAAAAUAGUAGUGAAGAAAUUCGCUGCCAGUUGUGGCAUGUAAAAGUAUUGGGAUUAUUUUGGCUGAAGAAAAACUGGAUAAUGGCUUGCGAUCAAGAUUGGAAGUUCCUAUCAGCAGCGAUGAUUUGUCGUUUGGGAGUCAUGUUCGGAUAUGUUGUCUUCGGUCUUAUUUCAGACAGCUUCGGACGAAAAAAGGCAAUGGUAUUAGAUGUAUACAUUAACUUCGUAUUGAGAAUAUCAAUCAUGGUUUGCGACUCUGAAAGUUGGUUCAGAUUGUUAGUUUUCAUAAGAUCUCUACUCGGCAGUGCUAAUAAUUUCAUGGGACUAAUUUUGAUUUGCGAGAUCGCAAGUAACAGAUGGCGCUCGUGGUUGAGUAUGAUAGUAGCAACACCGCGCCUGCUUGCGGCCGUGUGCAUGGUCCCGCUGGCUCGAGCCAUUGGCAACUCGGAGUCUUUCACCUUCAUCGCCUGCUUCUACGAUCUACUGCUAAUCACGAUUUUGAGAUGGACUCCAGAAUCUCCGCAGUGGCUACUAUUUAAUAACAAAAUUACGGAAGCCGAAAAAACAAUCUAUAAAGCCGCGAAGCAAAACCACGUUACACUUUGCAGUGACUUCAAAAUAAGGCCCGUCAAUCAAAGAGCUUAUUUUUGCCUAGACGAGGAUCAAACUUGUAUUCCCAUACUAAGCACCCAUAACACCAGGAUUCUAGCAUUCGUGUCCUUAUUAUUUUGGACUCUGGACUGUUUCUCGUGGAGUAUUAUUUACUCAACCAUGUAUAGUAGAGUGCAGACCAACUAUUAUCUGCUUAAAGUAUUAUGUUUGGUUGGGAUAAUCGGGUGCCUGACGAUACUUUUAUCGUUGAAGUGCAAGCUGCGACAUUUGCUCAUGGCGCAUGUAUUCUUGGCAGGCGUAAGCAGCGUGGCCGCUCUUAUUUGCAAGGAAUUCGGUGAGCCCAUAUGCAGCAUAUUAUACUCAUUCGCGAUGGCCACCAGCCUAAACGGGCACGCCAUGACCCUGACUAUCACGCCCCGUCUCUUCGCCAUCAAGAUCCGCGCCACCUUGCUCGGCUGCUGCCACGCCGCCGGGCAGCUCGGCGCCAUCAUUGGCUACCUCAUCACGAUCCUCAAGCUGACGGACGAGGUCUCUCUAGCGCUGCUAGAGGCUGCUGCUACCGUGACCAUGCUGGUCCUGUGCUUGGUGUUGCCUGAUGUUGAUCGCAGAGAGAUGCCCGAUGUGCUUGAGGACAUGGAUUAUUUUUCAGAAUUAUCAAAGCCCCUGCGCUGGGCGACGCAGAAGACGCACUCGCCGUCCCGCGAAGAGAUCGAGCUCAGGAAUUUGUCGUUCGGCAGCGCCCGCGCCCGCGUGGUGUCAACCACUGCGUCGGAGCACGCGCCGGCGCGACCCAUCGGCUGCGCGACGCUUUGGCGUGCGGUCUACCGCUUGUUUAGUAUAAAUAAACAAUAGACAAAA